CUCCUGGUCCCAAACACGCCCCAUCACAGCAACCAGCUCCAGCGGGCUGACUUGCCAGUAACUUAGCACACUUCAUCAUUUAGCUAGUUGAUGAUCGAAUUGAAGAUUUAAGAUACUUCCUCAACAUGAGCACAGGACCGAGGACACAAGCAGCUUUCAUCCAGGGAACCCAGAGAACCAUUGAACAUGAUGCCUCCCACUCAGCUCUCUUCUACCUUUUCCAAGAAGUUUCCAAGCUAGCAUCUCCCAUCCACAACAGCUUCCUGGACACAAACUCACCCUCCUCGUGGCUACAUGAGACUUCUAGGCAAAGUUCUUUUGUAGUUAAAAAAGAGGAAGAGGAUGCCCAUGCGAUUCAAAUCUCUAAUAGUUCCCGCCAGCACAGAUUGUCCCAUAUGUCGCCUCAUAACCAGAUGAAAAAAGUGAAGGAGGAAAGUCACAGCAGCAAGGUCUCAACUUCUGCUGAGCCACACCCUAAAUGCAAUAGCCCCUGGAAAGCACUGAGUCUGAUCAAUCUGCAGUGUGAGAGGCUCCUGCAUCAAAGAGAUGUGGAGGAGUCAGACCCAUGUUUAGUGUCUUCCAGCACAAAAGUGGGUCAUUCAAUUGUUGAAUCAUCAACUGCAAGAGCAGAUGUAACGUUAACGGAUCAGGGAGUUGGGGGUGACUAUGUAAGUGUUGAAUGCACUUUGAGGCCAUCUCUUCUUAUCUGCGAGAGGCAAGAAAUCCCAGCCUGUGUCAGUCUUGUGGAAGAUGUGAGAGGGGACUUCAGUGGAGGAGCCAAUGGUUAUAAACCACGGUGCUGUGUGAAAGACUCAGAGGUGAGCUGUUGUGUUCAGUCACAGACUGCUGAAAAAUCAGGCACUGCUUCAGUGUUCAGUGUUUGCAGACAAUUUGAGUGGAACCAGGAGUGUAAGGAUUGUUUCUCUUCUGAACAGGAUAGUUUGCAUGUACCCCUCUCUGAAAAUGUUUUGUCACAAACACACAUCACCUACGCAUCCCUUCAUGCCCAACUGACUUUUAACUCCAGUGAAGGUGCACAUGUAGCUCUGUCAAAGCCAGUACUAACACUAGACCACAAUGCAAACCUUGCAUUGACUAUAGAGCCCCCUCGUGAUACCCAGCUGCCUCCUUCAAGCUCUGUCCUGCCUUCUUCACAAUCAGCAUCACUUUUAUUUAGUACUACAGAGAAGUGUCACUUACUUUCAAAAGAAGAUGAUAAAAUCACAGCAUCUAAACCAGAAUGCUCACACGCCCUCACAGAGGAAAAAUUUCCUCCAGUUGCAAAACUGAUAACAUCAAGCUGUAAUGGAGAAACAAACCCUUCACCUUCUGAGACAUCAAAACCCAAACCCAGGUUAGCGCAAAAGGAAGGAAUUGCUCCUUCAUCUUCCCAGCAGUGGAGAACCAAGACUCCUAGAAAACAACCACAUCCUAGCCGGAGUGCUAAUAUCCAAGACCCAGACUUCCAGGGGGUGACGUUCAGGAUUGACACUCAGCUGGACGACAAUAUGGAACAGUGUCGGCUCCUCAUUACUUCAAAGUACAGCAAGGAGCUCAGAAAAAGUGUGAGAAAACCGAGGCUGAGGACACGGAUGUCCCAGAAGUCCCUCAAAAGUAGCACCUCGGAUGAGGAGAGUGACCUAACAUCCAGUGUUUCCAAGGGUAAAGUCUGUGCAUCAUGCUGCACCAGGAAGACCCCCAUGUGGAGGGAUGCAGAGGACGGGACCCCACUCUGUAAUGCCUGUGGAAUAAGGUAUAAGAAGUACAGAGUGCGCUGUGUCAACUGCUGGCAUAUCCCUAGGAAAGAGGGGAACUCCAACUCAUGCUGCCUGAAGUGUGGAAACUUUGUGAGGCUGACCUCAGCUCAGCGGAAACACACCACCUAGGGAACAUACACAGAGCAAAGGUUUUUAUCUCUACACACACUUGCACACAACACUUCAAGACCACACUCUCUGCUCCCGUAGCUCUUCGUCCGUGACCAUUCACUACAGAAUGCAAACAUAAAAGAACAGCAGAAGCAGCUUCUUACAUCUUACUCAGUUAUUAAAUUAGUGUCACUACUUAAAUGCUGUACCUCAGGAGACGACGCUUAUUCCCUUCGGCUCUAUGGCUGCCAUAUACACCAGGGAAAAACAUAAACAGGUGAAAAACAUAAAAGAAAAAAAACUUGUAAAACUCUUAAUGGAGGAUGUCUGAAAAAUGAUCUGUACUUUGAUCUUGACUGCCAUGAUCCCAUUUGUGCUACCUGCUAACCUGUAUGCAUCGGAUCUUAUACGGUUGUUGGGGUUUAUUUUUCUCUCUGCACGAGGAGGGAUAUAGUGAUGACGCACAGACAGUUGAUGUAGUAUUAAUAGGACACUGAAGAGCUACUGUAAGAAGUGGAUGCAUUCAGUGGAAAGUUUAGUCUUAAUUGUUGACAUUUUUCAUCUAAAUAGCUUCAGUGUUGCUUGUGUAUUAAUGUUCAACUGUGCCAGAUGGCUGCAGUAGAAAGUUAUUUCUGUACAGGACCAGAAACUGCAACCUGAGCUCAGUGCUGCAUUCACUGUUAUUAACUGCAGACACAAUUUACUUGUCUUGACCUUGACUGCAAGACUGUCUGUUAGGUUUGUAGUUAAACAUUUAGUCGCACAAGUUAAACUAAGUUAUUUGUUGUCUUUUUUUCUAAUUGUGGUUGGUUUUGGUGGCUUAUUUAUUAAGUUGUUUGUUUGGGUUGUUGCCAGUUUAAUUGGUGCACUAAUUUCUUUAGCAUUGCUGUGUUUUGUAUGAAAACAAAUAACAAUUUUUGUGUAAACUUGCAUGGUGUUUGGUCUGUAUUAAAUUCUGUAUGAA